GAAGCAGUUGGCAAUGCUGGUUAACAGUCAAGUGUCAAAGUUUUAAAAAUGGCGAGCACGUCAAGAUUUGACACAAAUAAAGUUGUGUGCCCUGCUCACCCAGAUGCCCCAUUAAUUGAGGAUUACAGGGCUGGGGAUCAAAUUUGUUCAGAAUGUGGCCUUGUUGUUGGUGAUAGGGUAAUUGAUGUCGGUUCAGAAUGGAGAACUUUCAGUAAUGAAAAAAAUGGAGUGGAUCCAUCUCGUGUUGGUGGGCCAGAAAAUCCAUUAUUAGGUGGUUCAGAUUUGACUACAAUGAUUGGGCCUGGCCGAGGUGAUGCUUCCUUUGACUCAUUUGGAGUAGCACGUUAUCAAAAUAGAAGAACUAUGAAUAGUUCUGAUAGGGCAUUAAUAAAUGCUUUUAAGGAAAUAAAUGCAAUGGCUGAUAGAAUAAACUUACCUAGGACCAUAGUUGAUAGGGCAAAUAACUUAUUUAAACAAGUACAUGAUGGAAGAAAUCUUAAAGGGCGCUCAAAUGAUGCAAUUGCAUCUGCUUGUUUAUACAUAGCUUGUAGACAAGAGGGAGUACCUAGAACUUUUAAGGAAAUUUGUGCUGUUAGUAAAAUUAGUAAAAGGGAAAUAGGAAGGUGUUUUAAGCUUAUAUUAAAAGCAUUGGAAACUUCUGUUGAUCUCAUCACUACUGGUGAUUUCAUGUCACGUUUUUGCUCCAAUUUAGCUCUUCCCAAUAUGGUUCAAAGAGCAGCUACUCACAUUGCUAGAAAAGCUGUUGAAUUAGAUAUUGUCCCUGGAAGAUCACCAAUUUCAGUAGCUGCAGCUGCAAUUUAUAUGGCCUCUCAGGCCUCAGAAGACAAAAGAAGUCAAAAAGAAAUUGGAGAUAUUGCUGGUGUUGCAGAUGUAACCAUCAGGCAGUCAUAUAAAUUAAUGUAUCCUCACGCAGCCAACCUGUUUCCAGAAGACUUUAAAUUUGCCACACCCAUUGAGCAAUUGCCACAAAUGUGAAAUGUUUUUUUUAUGAAAUAUUGUAACUUUUGUUACUUCAAAAAACAACUUUUAUUAAUAUUUUAAUGACCCCAUUUAUUUUAAAUAUAUUAGGGCCUUAUAUAAAUUGUGGGAAUUUAUUUAUUUUAUAGAUUUAUGUAGCCUAUUAAGCUAAAUUAAGCUUAUUAAGUUAAAAUACAUGUUACUUGUAAUGCAACUAUUUUAUAAACAUUUAAAUACCUUUUAAU